AUGAACAUAGGGAUUCCAAUGGCUUGGAAUAGGGUUUUCGUACUCGCAGUGUUGCUUUGUUGUGUCUGUUUGACAGUUUCAUCAAAUGGGAAAGUAUCCGUCAUUAAUCUACCUCACGUUUCCGGAGAAUGGUAUUGGAAACUGCGUUUCUUUUAUCCAGCCAGUAAAAGCAUGGAUGGAAAUGUCGGUGAACUACUAAACUAUACGUUUAUUCCAAAGACAACCUCAUCUAAUGUAUAUACAAAUGAAACCAUAAAAUCAGAUAACCAACUUAUAAGUAUUAAUUUGGUUAUGUCCACAGAAGGUUCCAAACUAAAGAAAUGUUCUUUGUUGUUAACAGUAGAACAGGAUGAGGAAUAUUUUGCAUGGACAAAUAUGACAUUAAUAUAUGAAUUUGCUGAGCCUUUAUCUACUUUAUCACCAUCUGAAUUACCUAUUUCCGAAGCUACAAUUUCUACUUCAUCUGAUCAAAAAUUUUUAACUCGUACUGAUGAAGUGUAUAUAUGUGAUACAGAAAUACCAAUUAAAUUUGGUCAAAAUAUUGAAAUUCUCUUUAGUUCAAUGACAUUUCAAGCAUUUAAAGCAGAAGAAACAAUUAGACCAGAUCGCUUACAAGAAGUUUGUCCACGUGAUUUCAAGAGUAAUAUACCAAUUGCAGCAUUGACUGGUGUCUCAUUACUUGUUGUAGUAAUACUUAUUAUUUCAAUAUUUGGAAUAAAUGCUUAUUUGGCUCAUCUUAAAUCAACCCUUCAGUAUCAACAAGAAUUACAGAAUAAUCAGCGAAAUACUAUAAAAGACUCAAACUCUUUGAAUUCAAUUAAUGUAACUGAAUGUAUUGAAUUGAAAGAUGCUAAUUCAAAAUUCAUUAAUCAACAAAAUGGAAUAAGGAAUUCAAGUUCAAGAAAUUCAAAUUUACCACCAUUAAAUAGAAUUACUGUUAUCUCUCAAGAUGAUUUUCAUCAAUUAUGUGCUCUUCUGGAGUUUCGUGGUUAUUUUCUUAUUACAUAUACAAAUAAUAGUUCAAAAGAGACAAUUUGUUAUCGGAUUCCAAUCGAUUUAACUGAAAAAUAUUCUACAAAAGAAAAUGAAAUUUCUUCCAUUUUAGAAAAAUCUUAUUUUUUCAUGAAUUUUAACAACAAUACACAUAGCAACAAUUUAUUGGAUAUUAACAAAUCUAAAUUAUCAUAUAUUGAACCAGAUAAUUUAAUUAUAAUCACAACUAAUUCAUCAUGUUGUAAUAAUUUUUUAAGAUGUUUUACACUUCCAUUUAAUUUUAGUAGAAAUGAAAAUAGUUUAAUAAAAAAUUGGAUAAUUGAUUUUUAUUGGAAUCGUACACCAGAAAUGUAUGAAUUUGGUGAAGAAGGUUGGAGUAGUGUUGGUUCACCUGUUGGUGCAUUAUCAGGUGUUUAUGAUUUAGUUGAUGUAAAACUCAAGUAUCAUUUUGAUGAAAAAUUUGGAUUAGACUUUUUAAUGAAUGAAAAUGGUAAUAAGGAAUUUAUUGUACAUAGCUUAGCUGAAAAGCGUUUACAAGCUAGAGUUGGUGAUUAUUAUGAAUGUGUUUCACAGACUCAGUUUGUUUUUGAUACAGAAAAUAAUACAAUAGUUAAUUCGAAUGAUAAUUACAUUAUAUCAAAUGGCGACAAAUGGAAUAUUAUAAUGAGUCUACAAAGUGUACGAUCUCAAGCAUUUGCUGACGUCAAUGUACCAGAAUUUACUGGAGCAACCUUCUGUCCAUAGACAUUCUGUUUUACACUGGUCGAACACGCUACUUCUGUCUGUCCCAUUCUAUUAAUAUGACUCAUAAUUUUUAUUCCUAUCGAUCAAUAUUCUGUAUUACGUAACUGACAUCAUAGUUCAUUCCUUUAACCUACCUGAUGUUUGAUGAAACCUUCUAACAUUCAACUCCUGUCAGUAAUUAUUACGAAAUUCAACACCAAUGUAAUCCAAAUUAAUUGAAUAUGUAUUUUAUAUCAAAGUGUUCGGUUACUUUGUUCAGUAUGAUUCUUCAGCUACGGAUUUACUAAGUGAAUACACUAACUGAUCACUGACCAGAAGUAAACUAUUGAUUCACCAAGUCAUCAAUGUUGAUUGGAUCCUACCAUUCUGGUUAUAAAAUACCGAAACAAAUAUUUUUUUGGAAUGAAUAUAUUGAUUUGGCUAGAAUAAGCAAACACGAAAUCAAUUUCAAUUUGAUCAGUGAAAAAGUGAAUGUUCGAACAUCUGAAUGGUAACGUGUUUACCAAAGACGGUGAUUGGAUUAUGUUGAGAAUACCGAUACCAGCUUCCACUGUGAGAAUCAUUUACUUCAAACAGACCUGGUUUUUUAUACAAGCUAAUUAGAUCAUAUCAUAUUAUGUAACAGAUAGUAACAUUAAUAUAUAAUCAAGACAAACAGUGGCUGUGUUUGUGGAAAACCGAGAUUAAGAAAGUCAGUAUAACUAAAAAAUAGUAUAUCAUAUAAUAAUAGUCUGUUAAUGAAAAUAAAGCUUGUAAUAAGAGGG